AUGACAGACAGACCCACGAAGCGAUACAACCUGCGGCCUCGCGUCUCCACCGAAGUUGGCAUCGCGCGCGAUGGUCCUAGUGGCCUUCAACCCUUCCGCUUCGCAGAUCUACCUGCCGAGAUUCGCAAUGAGAUCUAUAAUCUCACCCUGACAACGGACGAGCAGGUGCACCUUACUAUACGUCAGAGGAAAAGAAAGCUUGUGGUUGUUCUCGAUGAGGACUAUCCACUUGGCCUCAACCCGAAAUUACUACUUGUUAAUAAGGCGAUCUAUGUCGAAGGCCGCCCUAUCUUGUACGCAAACAAGUUCUACUUAACUGAUCCGGACACGCUUUUUACCUUCCUUAGCAGCCUUUCCGCAAAGUCUAAAUCAUGGAUUCGGGAUAUAACAUUCGACUUUGAGAAUCCUCCAUUUUGGAACGCGCGCAAAGAUGAGGAGUUCGAGUACCUCCAUUAUCUUCGGCCCGCUUUUACAGCUCUGAUUGGAACGACAAAUAUGAAGCACCUCCACCUGCACUUUGACGCGAAAUCGUAUGAGCGGUAUACGGGAGAGGAGGCUGACUUAUGUACGGAGGAGGAGGCUGACUCGGAUAUGGAGUACAAGGAGGAUUUUCCUUCGAAAUUCUAUGAGGAUGCUUACCUCUGGCUGGAGGAACUGGUUAGGCAGAAAGGCAGCAAGGAAGAGGCUGUGAAAAUGAUUGACAUUUCACUACGCCUGGAAGAUGGUCACAUUAUAGGCAUAGACUCUCGCAGCACUUCGAUACUCCACGAGCGGCUGAUGCAGUACCUUUCCUAG